GACGACCACCCCCCGCUCUGCGCCGACCCCGCGGGCAGCGGCUGCUCCAGCACGGACACGGCCAGCGAGCACUCUGCCGAUGAGGGCGGGGGUCUCCCGGUGCCCCCUCCCCCCCCCUCCAUCGGGAGACCCCUCCCCCGUGGCGCCCCCAGCCCCAUUUGAAGCCGCGUUCCGCCGCCUCCGCUGCCACCGCGUCCUGGCGCUGCGGGACGGAGUUUUCCGCCCGGCCGUGCUCAAGCAGCUCCGGCGCGGCCACGAGCUCGGCGUCCAGUUCGCCGGAGACCGCGGGGUCACUUUUUUACCUGGGGGGUUCCUGGGUGACCCCCCCAGCGUGGUGCUGGACGCCACCCCCCCCGCGGCCGCGCUGGCGGUGGGCACGGCGGUUUGCGCCCGGUUGGAUCCCGGCGGAGACGCUUACAGGCCGGGCACGGUGCUGGAGGUGAGCGCCAAACCGCCCUCGUACCGCGUGCGCUUCGCCCCGCCGCCCCCCGCGCCCCCCGUGUGGGUGCCGCGCUCGGGGCUGCGCCUCCUGCGACCCCCGUGGCCGCCGGGCGGCGAGCAGGGCGAGGAGGAGGAGGAUGAGCUCUCAUCGAAGCUUCCAGAAGACGCCGAAGUUUCUAAGCUGAGCUCGCCAGCACCGCCACGCCCCGUCCCUCCUUCAUCAUCAUCAUCAUCCUCCUCAUCCUCACAACCCAGCGGGACCCCCCAACCCAAAUACAAGAAGGGGGACGUUGUCUGCACCCCCAACGGGAUCAGGAAGAAGUUCAACGGGAAGCAGUGGCGGCGCCUGUGCUCGCGGGACGGCUGCACCAAGGAGUCGCAGCGCCGCGGCUUCUGCUCCCGCCACCUCUCCAUGCGCACCAAGGAGCUCGAGGGGCUCCCCGAGAACCGCCCGGGACCCCCCGCGCCCCGCGGGGGCAGCGCCGACUUCGAGUGGGGCGAUGAGACCUCGAGGGAGAGCGAUGGGGACGGCAGAGCUCGGCUGGGCGCGGCUCAUCCCGCUGUCGUGACAGCGCCCAAUCCCGAUUUGUCGCGAUUUGAGUUUGAUGAGUGCGAGGCCGCCGUGAUGUUGGUGUCGCUGGGGAGUUCCCGCUCGGGCACGCCGAGUUUUUCCCCGGCCUCCACGCAGUCGCCGUUCUCGCCCACGCCGUCCCCGUCGCCGUCGCCGCUGUUCGGGUUCCGCCCGGCCAAUUUCAGCCCGGUCACCGCGUCCCCAAGAGCGAGGGGGAGGCACCUGAGCGCGGGGACGCCGCGGCCUGGAGAGGGGCUGAGCCCCCCUCCCCCACCUCCCCACCUCGCUGCCCCCGUGCCCAUCAACGCCGGGCGGCUGCGCCCCUCCCCCAACCGCGCCCCUCCCCCCUCGGCACCCCCGGAUAGGGGUGGGGGAGGGGCCCCAGCGGGGUUUGGGGGGCCCCCCCUGCACCCCGUGGCGUUCCACCCCUCCCCCGCCGCGCUGCUGCCGCUGCUGGUGCCCGGAGAGUUCGGGAGCGGCCCCUCCCCCCGCAAGGAGAUCGUCAUGGGCCGGCCCGGGACAGUCUGGACCAACGUGGAGCCGCGCUCUGUCCCGGUGUUCCCGUGGCACUCGCUGGUGCCGUUCCUGGCGCCGAGCCAGCCCGACAGCGCCCCCCAGCCACAGGCAGGGUUACAGCCAGCGUCCAAUCUACCUGGGGGACAGCAGGGGAAAGAGCCCCCCGAGCCCGCGGCCGUGGUCCCCGACCCGGGGGGUCCCGGGCAGGAGCCGGGUCGUUGUGGGGGGGCCACGCGCCCGCCCAGCCCCCCCCCUGCAGCUCCCCCGGCCCCGCCCCCCGCGGCCACGGCCCCGCCCCCUGCGGCCACAGCCCCGCCCCCUGCGGCCACAGCCCCGCCCACCUCGGCCACGGCCCCGCCCACCGAGGAGGAACCGCCCGGGGGAGCUCGGCCGGACAGCGAGGCCGAGAGUGACCACGAUGAUGCGUUCCUGUCGUCCAUCGUGGCCCCGGAGCUGCCGCUGCCGCUGCCCCCAGGGAAGCGCCGGACGCAGUCGCUGAGCGCCCUGCCCAAGGACGGGGACAAGGAGGGGCGGAGCCCCAGCAAGCGUGACAAGGACCACAUCCGGCGCCCCAUGAACGCCUUCAUGAUCUUCAGCAAGCGGCACCGGGCGCUCGUCCACCAGCGGCACCCGAACCAGGACAACCGGACGGUCAGCAAGAUCCUGGGCGAGUGGUGGUACGCCCUGGGGCCCCGGGAGAAACAACAAUACCACGACCUGGCCUUCCAGGUGAAGGAGGCGCACUUCAAGGCGCACCCGGACUGGAAAUGGUGCAACAAGGACCGGAAGAAAUCGAGCUCCGAGGGGGGGAGGGGCCCGGGGGGCGGCCCCAAGGAGCCCCGGGAGCGAAGCGCGUCCGAGAGCGGCGCCGGCGCGCCCGCAGGCUCCUCGGACGUUCCCUCGGUUCCCGUUCCGGUUCCGGCCCCGGCCCCUCCCCCCCCGCCCCGGCCCCGCGCGUUCUCGCACAGCGGAGUGGGGGGAGGGGCCGAGCCCCGCGCGGCCAUCGGCGAGCUCGGCCAGCUGUGCUCGGCCCCUCCCCCCUUCGGGGGCUCCAAGCCGGGCCCGGGUGGGGGAGGGGCCGCUCCCUUUGGCCCCGCCCCCUUUGGCCCCGCCCCCUUUGGCCCCCGGCCCCGCCCCCCCCGCGCGCCCAGCGAGGAGAACGCGAGCGACGAGGAGCGGAUGGUGAUCUGCGAGGAGGAGGGCGACGAUGACGUCAUCGACGAUGGGUUCGCCCCUCCCCCACCCGACAUCGACCUGAAGUGCAAAGAGAGAGUGAGCGACAGCGACAGCGACCCGGGGGAGGGGGACAAGGCCCCCCCCCGCCGGCUGUUCCCGCCCCGCCCCCCCCCGGAGCUGGACCCUCCCCCCGCCCCUCCCCCCGCGCUGCACUUCGCCCUCCCCCCACCCCAGAACGGGAAAGCCCCUCCCCCACCCGCGGGGGGCGGAGCCGGCCACGCCCCCAAAGCCCAGCCCUCCCCCCCCGCCCAGCCCCCUCCCCCCACCCCUCUGCUCCCAGGGAAGGUUCUGGUCCCCGUGGCCCCGCCCGGCCCCGCCCUGACGCCCUUCGGGACCCCCGGGGCCGCCCCUCCCCCCGGCAAGAUCAUCCAGCUCAGCCCGGUGCCCCUGGUGCCCCCCGGCAGCCCCGGGGCGCCCCCGCCCUUCCCCCCCCGCCCCCCCCGCCCCUCCCCCAAGCCCCCCCAGAAGGUCAAGGCCGCCCUGGCCACCAUCCCGGCCACGCCCCCUCCCGGCCCCUCCUCCGCCCCCCCCCCCCCCGACGCCCAUCCCCCCCCCCUCCCCUCCACCAACCGCUGCCGAGGGAGGGGCCAAGAAGGCGAAGCUGCGCCCCCCCCCCCUGAAAAAACCUUCGACUCUGUGGACAGAGUCCUCUCUGAGGUUGAUUUCGAGGAGCGCUUCGCCGAGCUCCCCGAGUUCCGGCCCGAGGAAGUUCUCCCCUCCCCCACCCUGCAGGCCCUGGCCACGUCCCCCAGAACCAUCCUGGGCAGCUACAGGAAAAAACGUAAAAACUCAACUGAUCUCGAUCCCAGUGUCGAUGACCCCUCCUCCCCCAAGCGGAAGCUGCGGCGCCGCUCGAGCUGCGGCUCCGACCCCACGACCCCGAAAAGCGCCAAAUGCGAGGGGGAGAUCUUCACCUUCAACACAGGGGGGGAAGGUGAUGAUGUCCUAGGAGAGCUGGAGUACGACAAGGUCCCGUUCUCGUCCCUGCGCCGCACCCUGGAUCAGCGCCGGGCGCUCGUCAUGCAGCUCUUCCAGGAGCACGGCUUCUUCCCCUCGGCCCAGGCCACGGCCGCGUUCCAGUCGCGAUUCUCGGACAUUUUCCCCACCAAGCUCUGCCUGCAGCUCAAGAUCCGCGAGGUUCGCCAGAAGAUCAUGCAGGCGGCCACGCCCACCGACCCGGCCCCGCCCACCGAGCCCGACGGGCCCGCCCCCUCCGCCGAGGCCACGCCCCCUCCUCCCCCUCCUCCUUCCGCACCAGACCCCGCCCCCUCCGCCGAGGCCACGCCCCCCUCGCCCCCCGCGCGCUGAACCAUUCCAAGGCCACGCCCCCUUUUUUCCCGCCUUUUUUUGGAGGGGGCGUGGUCACGUGGGCGGGAGGUUUUAACAAUGGGAAACGUUCGGAGCCAC